AUGGAGAACAACACUAAAGAUUUGAUUUUUAGUACAAAAAACCAAAAGGGAGAUUUAUGGGAUGGUGUUAUUGUAACACAAUCUGAUUUUCAAUCUCUACAAGCUAUCAAAACUGAACUUAUAGACUCAAAAGGUGUUCUUAAAACAUGGAAUGAUAGUGGCUUAGGUGCUUGUUCAGGUAACUGGGUUGGAAUCAAAUGCUUAAAAGGUGAAGUUAUUGCAAUUCAGCUUCCUUGGAAGAGCUUAUCAGGAAGAAUCUCUGAGAAGAUUGGUCAACUUCAAUCUCUUAGAAAACUUAGUCUUCAUGAUAACAAUCUUGCUGGUUCAGUUCCUUUUUCUCUUGGUUUUCUUCCUAAUCUUAGAGGUGUUUAUCUUUUUAACAACAAGCUUUCAGGUUCUAUUCCUCCUUCUAUUGCUAAUUUGCCAAUGCUUCAAGCUUUUGAUGUUAGUCAUAAUUUGCUUAUUGGUAGAAUCCCUUUUGGUUUGAUGAAUUCCACUAGGAUUUUCAGGGUUAAUUUGAGUUAUAACAAACUUUCUGGUUCUAUUCCUAGUGAAGUAGGUGAGUUUUCAAGGCUUAGGGUUCUUGAUUUGUCAAACAAUGAAAUCAAUGGUAGUUUGCCUUUCAGUUUCUCUAAUUUAUCUUCUCUUGUUUCAUUGAAUCUUGAAAACAAUAAACUUGGUGGUGAAAUUCCUGAUUCUUUUACGAAACUUCGAAAUCUAAGUUCAUUCAAUGUUUCUCAUAAUAAUCUAUCUGGUCAUGUUCCAUUAGUACUUUCCAAAAGAUUCAAUGCUAGUUCAUUUGAAGGAAAUUUUGGUUUAUGUGGUUACAUAAGUUCGAAACCAUGUCGUUCUUCACCACCACCGCCACGGCCGCCACCACCUCAUAAUCUUCCGUCUCAGUCACCGGAAGAAUCUCCUUCGAAGAUACAUGACCGGAAAUUGAGUACUAAGGAUACAAUCCUCAUAGUAGCAGGUGUUCUUUUGUUGAUUUUGCUAUUACUGUGUUGCUUUUUGCUUUGUUGUUUGGUCAGGAAAAGAGCUUCUUCAAGUAGGAAGAGUGGUAAAGCUGCUAAAGCUGCUGCUUCUACUAGGAGUCUGGAGAAAGGUGGUGGUGGAGAGGUUGCAUCAGGAGGUGAAGCUGGUGGGAAGCUUGUUCACUUUGAUGGGCCAUUUGUGUUCACUGCUGAUGAUCUUUUGUGUGCAACGGCGGAGAUAAUGGGAAAAAGUGCUUAUGGAACUGCUUAUAAGGCGACGUUGGAAGAUGGUAAUCAAGUUGCUGUGAAGAGGUUGAGGGAGAAGACUACUAAAGGACAUAAGGAGUUUGAAGGCGAGGUUGCUUUGCUUGGAAAAAUUAGGCAUCCCAAUUUGUUGGCUCUUAGAGCUUACUAUCUUGGACCUAAAGGAGAGAAGCUUCUUGUGUUUGAUUACAUGAGUCGAGGAAGCCUAGCAUCAUUCCUUCAUGCUCGCGGGGCGGAAAUCAUCGUCGAAUGGCCAACAAGGAUGAAAAUAGCAAUUGGAAUCAGCAACGGUCUAUCUUGCCUCCACAACCAAGAAAACAUAGUACAUGGAAAUCUCACCUCAAGCAACAUACUAUUAGACGAGCAAACAAAUCCUCACAUAACCGAUUUCGGUCUUUCAAGACUAAUGACAACUUCAGCCAACACAAACAUCAUUGCCACAGCAGGCAGCCUCGGUUACAACGCACCGGAGCUUUCAAAGACAAAGAAGCCAACCACGAAAACUGAUGUUUACAGCCUCGGCGUCAUCCUUUUGGAGCUUUUAACCGGUAAACCGCCGGGGGAACCAACCAAUGGCAUGGAUUUACCUCAAUGGGUUGCUUCCAUAGUUAAAGAAGAAUGGACUAAUGAAGUUUUUGAUUUGGAACUCAUGAGGGAUGCACCUACCAUAGGAGAUGAACUUCUUAAUACAUUGAAAUUGGCUUUGCAUUGUGUUGAUCCUUCACCUUCUGCUAGACCUGAAGUUAAGCAAGUUUUGCAGCAGUUAGAAGAGAUUAAGCCAGAAUUGGUUGAAGUUGAAGUUGAUGAGGAUGGAGCUAAAGUUCAAACAAAUGAAUAA